UAUUAUUAUCUAUUAUAUGACCACAUGUUUGCUGAUCUCAACAGUGAUAUCAACAAUAAUAACAACAACAACAACAACUAAACACAUUGUUAAACACAUUAUCUAUUAGCUGAUCCAAUUUGAAUCCAACACUAACAACAACAACAACAUCUGCAGAUGCAAGUGAUGACGUCGUUGUCUUAUUCAAGACCAACACGUGAUGGACACGAAUAGUAUCGCCGCCACCGACGCUGUCGACAAUCACAACAAUAACAACAACAACAUUGAAGACGAUAUCAUUAUCUACAGACAGACUGUCGAUAAUAAAGAAGAAGUAUUUGUUUUGAAGAAGUGUUUUAUAAAGUUAGGCGAUCGCUGCCAACAGCCGCCAGAAGACGACGACAGCGACGACGAAAAAGCCGACGACACUUCAGACGAAGAGUAUCGAUACUAUCCGACAACGAAGACUAACGGCACCGCUGGACGCGUACUAUUGUCCGACGAUACCGAAAGUUACGAUUCGGAUGAGAACAACUUCGGCCGUAUUGUCGAAGCAUUCAAACGUAUUGUACCGAACAGUGAUUGUUACGGUAAUUGUAAUAACAGUGAUAGCGAUUCAAAACCAACAACGAAGAAGAAGAUGGCACCGAAAAAAGGAAGUAAAAGAGGUUCAAACGAUCGCCGAAGGAUUAGCGAUGAACAGCCGAUAGUACAGACGAAACAACGAAAAUCAAGAGACAACAAAACAAAGAUAACAAAAGUCAAGUCGUCAGAAGUGGUGGAUGAAUCAGUUCGGCCGUCGCCGCGGAAGCAAGAGUUUGCUAUACCGUUGGUGGCCGACGAGAAUUUACUCGAAGACAACUUUUACCAGACAAAUAUGGACUACUUUAUGAGCCAAUCGCUAACCCAGUCGUCACAGUCGUCGCUGAUCCAACAAAACGGACGAUUUGCCUACUGGCAGAUCAUCGAACCGGACGAUCGGCUUCGGCCGAGAGAACGUACGCACAGAUUGGACGGCCGAUCGUUUGGACACUUUUUGAAACCGUUGUACGAUCUGAGCGACGCCGAGUGGCCGAUGCUGUUGAAAGUGCUGCCAGAAUACAAGUAUACGUUCAGAAGUCCAUCGAAAUAUUCCAUACUUUUAGCCCACCGAUUGCUCGGCCAUUACGAAUGGACACAACAGGAUUGUCAAGACUUGAGUGAUCAGGAAUUGUCUGGUUUUCGACGUUCGCAGACGAUGUUUAUCGGCUCAUUCAUGAAUGAUAUACUGUUGGCGUGUUAUUCGCGCGAAGACAUAUUGAAAGUAUUGUCCGCCGACGACAAUACAGCCACUGCCUGGCUAUUUGUGUCGAAAUUGAUCUCCUAUUUGAUCAACGAGUCUAUCAAGAAUAACACCGAAACUUUUGGCUACUCUAUCGUCUAUUUCGAGCUAAUUGUCGAUAUGUUGGACAAAGAUUUUCGUCUAUUUCUGGCUGAAGCAGACGAUUACUGUCAAGACAUUCAUCGAAUCGAUCGACAGAACGACAGACGUUCGAAGCCAGUGAUCUCACGGCUAAUUUGGCCGAAAAAGUCGCCAAACUAUAUCAACAGUAUCUUCAAACAAUUGAUCUUUUUAUUGACAAAGACAUUGAUUAUCAGUGAUAAUCAUCCACUAAGUAGUCAACUACUGGAACAGUUGUUUCGAUUGUUUGAAUUAUGUGCCGAAUGUUUGCGUAUCGGUUCGGGUAAUGUCCGACCAUUUACGACAUUUGUCUACAACAAAUCGACUCCCGUUACCGAACUGUUCCAACAGUUAACCUUUCAGUCGGGUCUUAAUCAUACAGUGAUGUCGACACUGUUAUUAUUGGCCAAUACCUGUUGGGUAAAACUGCAGAUAUGCGCACAACUUAUGACACGCUUUGUUGUUGAUCUCAAAAGUAAAUACAUUAGCGAAAAGUCGAGACAAUUAUCGCUGAAACUGAUUGUCGAAUGUUUCACAAACGCAAAGAUUAGGUCUCAAAGGUCUGAUAGAAGGCAAUCAGCGGUCAAAACAACAACUACUACUCCAAGUAGUCGUGAGUUGAGAAGACGAAGUUGGACGACAAUGGCCGACGAAUCGCCGAAAAAGCGAUCGUCGAUUGGCUUAAUGGUCAAAAGCAAGCCAAAGGAAAUUAAGAAGAAGGAGUGGUCAAAGAGGACCAAAUAUGGUGAGAAUGGUUUACACACGACCUGUAAGCGGGGAAAUGUCGAAAAAUUGCGACAACUGUUGGAGAUAUCGAGCGAUGGUUUCGGUCUCGAUCCGAACGAACAGGAUUUUGGCGGUUAUACUCCAUUAUGCGAGGCAGCCGUCAAAGGACACACCGAUUGUAUUCGGGCAUUGAUCGAGUGGCAAGAGUUGGCCAAUCGGCGAUUGGAUUUCGAAUUGGGACCGAAAGGCCAGACAGCGUUACACGACUGCAUCGAAAACAAUCAUAUCGAAUGCGCCCGACUCUUGCUGGACAGCGGCGGCAUGAAGCUGCUGGACGGUGUCCGCCGUACGCUCGAUGACCGUACACCGCGCGAUCUGAUUCGUACGGAAGCCAUGAGGACAAUGAUUGACGAAUUGGUCCAACAGAAGACGACGUCAGAGGAAAACAAAUUUCGGCCAAAGAUUGAGAUGAACGGCACCGAAGAGCGCCAGCUAUUUGUCAGAGUGUUGGCCCAAUUUAUUAUGUCGUAUAUGUCGGUCACCCGAUUGGAUCGGUUUGUUGCCCACGACGACAAUCAGGACAAAUGGAUUGAUAUAUUCUAUGAACAGUUUGAACGCGAGGCUACCGCUGCCGACAUGACUAUCCUAAUCGAGGAUCUGGCAGUUGUACGCAAAUUGCCGACAAUUUUGAUAUCAUUGCGUGAAUUGUUGGACAACGAGUCGUGCGAACCGAUUGAGGACUUGGAGUUUGCGCUUAAUUUCUUAUUUAUAAAGGACUAACU